GCACAGGCGCCAUAGUGGCGAGGGUGGGGGUUAUCGGAGGUGUCGGUCUCUGUGGGUUCCUGGUGCACGGCUUUUGCUGGAGCGCUCACGACUCUGGGAGCUCCGGUUCUUCCAGCACAGGUCGAGGAGAGGGAGGAGCUGGUGUCAGGGGUUCGGCAACAUCUUAACUCUUGAGUAGGCCAAUCCCUCAAGAGUUAGGCUGUGGGUGAGCACAGGCUGUGCCUCGGGCCCAGCGUCUUCACGGUCCUUCCCUAGGAACAGACCUGGAGAAGCGUGGAGGGGAAGAAAGAGUGCGAGGCCUGCGGCUCAUCUACCAGACCCACUCCGGAUUUCCAGUAGGUUCUGGAGAAGCUGUCCCCCUGACGUGUGAGGAGACCCGGCAAAACCUAGGCUGGCUAUGAAGAGCGACACCUCGACUUCUGCAGCCCCUUUGAAAGGGCUCGGGCCGGGCCCUUUGCGGAGCAGCGAGCCGGCGCGCGCCCUCCCGGCUGUGUCGCCCGCGGUGCACCUGCUGGAGGAGGCGGCCGACCUGUUGGUGGUGCACCUGGACUUCCCUGCCGCACUAGAGACUUGCGAACGGGCCUGGCAAAACCUGACCGAGGAGCCCUCGAAUGGCACUACUGUGGAGGUGAAAUGCUCCCUGUGUGUGGUGGGGAUCCAGGCUCUGGCGGAAAUGGAUCGCUGGAGAGAAGUCCUGUCCUGGGUCCUCCGGUAUUAUCGGCUUCCUGCAGAGCUGCCUCCCAGAGUCCUGGAGUUGUGCAUCCUUUUAUACAGCAAAAUGCAAGAGCCUGCAGCUGUGCUGGAUGUGGCAGAUGCCUGGCUCCAAGACCCAGACAACCAGGGCCUUCCUGAGUAUGGAUCAUUGGCAGAACUCCACCUGCUCCGCGUGCUGCUACCCUUGGGCCGCUUGUCAGAGGCGGAGGAGCUGGCAGUGGGCUCCCCGGUUUUCAGUGAGGCGCAGCGGGCAGCAGUCCUCCAGGCCGUCCUUGCAGCACGGCAGCGACAGCACAUGCAGGAGACCUUGAACUCCCAGGAGCCUCAGAAGCUGAGCCAGGAAGGUCCAUUCUCCCGUAAGUUGCUGUCUCUCCUGAUGUUGCUUCGCCGGCUUUGGGGCUCUGCAGUGAGCCACCUCCUCUCUCAGCCCUUCAGAAAGGGCCUCCUGGUUGCCCUGAUCCUCUGUCUCCUGGUUCUGCGGUUUGACCCAGCAUCUCCUUCUUCACUGCCCUUCCUCUACCAGCUGGCCCAGCUCUUCCGCAGGAUACAGAAGGCCACACUUGCUCGGCUGUACCCUCUUGCCCUCCAGGACUGAGUGGCUGCCUUGGCCUCUUGCAGUCCACAUCUACAGAAGCAUAGAAGUUGAGCCCAGUGGCUGGGACCCACCUUGUCUCUGAAAGAGUGACUGAGGCAGGCGAGGUGUGACUUGCUGCCUUUGAAUCCUC